GUCCGCGCGAUUCAGUCAGCGACGCGAGUUCGCGCAAAGCGGUCGUAUGUAUAUUCCGUGUCGAUCGAGUGACGUACGGAACUUUGUGUUCGCGUUCGCGUACGCGCCGCAUUCCAUCGUGGGGGCCCUUCGCCGCCAUUGGUUGAACCCACGUGACGUCACUCCUCGUAAUGAGGUAUUCAACAUGGCCGUGUAGCUAGUUCGCGAGUGUGCUUCGUUAUUCGUUUGAAUGGAUUUAAUCAGUGAAAUAUGCCAAGGAGACGAAACGGUGAGAUACCCUUGCCCGACGGAUGGGAUUACGCGAGGGACUUUGACGGAAAACUCUAUUUCAUCGACCACAACAGUAGAAAAACGACGUGGAUUGACCCGCGAGACAGAUAUACGAAGCCCCAGUCGUUUGCGGAUUGCAUUGGAAAUGAACUGCCGCUUGGUUGGGAGGAGGCCUACGACCCUCAAAUCGGGCCAUACUAUAUCAACCAUGUCAAUCAGGUGACGCAGUUAGAAGACCCGAGGUUAGAAUGGCUGAGCAUUCAAGAGGCGAUGCUGAGGGACUACCUCCACACUGCCCAAGAGGCUCUAGAGGCAAAACGUGAGAUGUACGAUGUGAAGAAACAAAGGUUGUGCCUGGCCCAAGACGAGUACAAACAUUUGAACAACGCACUUUCGACCCUCGCCGCCUCUAGGACUAGCUUAUGUUCUUCAACAACUUCGGUUACAACCACAUCUACCACAUCAAGGCAUGACCCAGAACAGUUGAGGUGUGAAGUGACACAGGCCAGGGGUAGGGUUGCUCAGCUCCGGAAAGAGUUGAGGCAAGCGAGAGCUGAAGUUGCCUGCGCCAGACGUGGUGUUGAUACACUAGCCGAAGUCGAACAAAAGCUUAGCGCCCAGCAGGGCUGCUACAACAUAACUGAAGCCCAGGCGAUCAUGACCGAGCUGAAGAACAUCCAAAAGUCUCUUACUUCCGGGGAGAAAGAGAGAGCAGACCUCAUGCAAUCACUAGCCAAAUUAAAAGAUGACCUCACGAGGUUACAACUAGGAGAGGCCUCCCCAGACCUCUCCACCUUAACUCUUCCUCAAGAGAAACUAAGCACUGCCUCACAAACCGACCUCUGUGCGGACUUAGUACCCAUCGGUACAAGACUGGCUGAAAUGGCGCGGGUUCGCCUCCAAUACGACGAAGCCAGGAAACGUAUUCAGCAAAUCCAACAGCAAUUAGCAGACUUAGAGGACAAAGUGCAACCAGGUCAAGCGGAAUCAGACAAGGACCGCCUUCUCCUAUUCCAAGAGAAGGAGCAGCUAUUACGAGAGCUUCGAAGUAUUACACCAAGAACUCGAUCGAAGCAGGAGAUGAGUGACAUACAAUCCGAAUGCAGGCGUUUGGAGCAAGACCUGAAGAAUGCUUUUGAAAUGUCGAAUAAAUGUAUAGCGGAUAGGUUGAGGCUACACGAAGAGAAGCAGCUGCUAUUACAGCAGUUGAAGGAUGCCUUGACAUCAAUGACGACCUUGGAAGGACAGUUGAAGACGUUAUCAGCUUCCACGCUAUCAGUUUCCAGUAGUUCCAGCUUGGGUUCCCUUUCCACAGCAAGUAGUAAGGGAUCUUUAAGUUCAGGAAUCAGUUUUACCGAUAUCUAUGGUGGGCCGCAGAUAGCAUCUUUCCAAACGGAUAAACCAAUAGACAUGGUCGAUUUACAUCGGAGGGUUGAGAGGCUACUACGCGGUUCUAGUUACAACGACAGCGCGACUCCAGGUGCCAGUAGCUGUCAAUCACAGCCUUCACUUUCGCCUAGAAGCAGUCUUUCUUCUGCCAGCCCACCACCACCACCGCCUUCAUACACUCAGGUUGAAAGACAAAGACGGCAACAGAGGGAGUUGGAAGAUAAGUUAGCGGAGAUGAGGAUAGGUGUUGCAACUGGCCUUAACGAAGUCACGGGAUUGGCUACCAGUAUUCCAGUACAAGUACAAGGCCCGGGACGGCCCGCGGAGCCGCUAUCUCCAAUCUCUGAGACUCCCCCGCCACUGUCACCCACCUGCUCGUCUAGUGGCACAAACACUAGAUCUGUAUCAGCAGCCGUGAGCGACGAGUCAGUGGCGGGAGAUUCUGGAGUCUUCGAAGCUGCUCAGGCGGCCGAUUCUUCUAACAUAGUGAACAGUGCGCAAAUUGAAAUCAAAUUACGUUACUGUUCGGAUGAAACUGCGUUGGAGAUCGGAAUCAUUCGAGCGAGGAACCUUCAUGCUCUAUACAUUGACAACGGGACGGAAGUAUCUGUCCGUGGUGCCUUAGUGGUAGGCGGUGGUGGUGGUAUUGUAUUCAAUACGCCAGCCUUAGCAUGGCGAGGGACGACUCUGGUAUGGAGGAACAACCAGCGGGCGUCCAUCGGGUCAAGAGCACUGAGAGCCGCUACUUUGCAAAUUAAUUUAGCGGCCGACAGCGAAUGCUUGGGCUGUACACAAGUGAGCUUGGCAGACUUUGGCCCAGAAACAACUUCACAAAAGUGGUAUAACGUGUUGAGCUUCAGAAGUAUGAGAAGGGAUGAAAGCUCUGAUGAAUCUACCGUUAUUUCUUCGCAAACGUCUACUCUCACAAGGAAUAGAGGUCCUGAGAGUAUGACAGGAGCUGAGUGUAAUAUUGAAUGUGGAGAUGACUCCGCGUCUGAAGACGAAGAGUCAAGAGAACCACUAAAUCAGAUCGUUGAAGAAGACUCAUUCGAGGAUUACAUUCCGGAGGAAGAAUUAAAUCUAGAGGAGGAGUAUCUUCCUUCCACAGCAGAGAAGGAGACCAACACCGAGUGUAACUUCUGUCCAGAGGGCGCCAGACAACUUCAUAGGAGGAAAAGUCAACAAGUAAGCACAAAUCAAGAGGAGUCGCUCGCGACAAUCAAAAGAUCUCAAACUUUCUCACCGCAACCGCAAAGCAUUGGCAAAGGACAUUAUAUGUGCAGACUCAACCGUUCAGAAUCUGAUUCCUCGAUGUCUCAAUAUGCAAGGAGGGCUCUUCACCCACCCACAGCACCUGGUAUACCUUUUGAUAGGACACUGAAAGAAAGACGUUCUCUCAGAUGGGGCCGCGCGCGCGGUGCCGCCGUUAGACACAGCUCGACGAAGCGAAGCGCGCGAACUUCGCUCGAUUUGUCUCUGGAUCUCAAAGCUCAUCACUCCCGCCUCACCGAUUUACGGCAAGAGAUCGCUCAUCUCACACUCCUGAAGAAACGGCUUGAAGAAGCUUGCGCCAAAGGUGACCCCACGAUAGCGGCGUGGGUGGCUGAAGACGAAACCCUUCGAAGGCUGAUCUCAGCACCAGAAAGUGCAAGCAAUGACCGAGUCUCCAAGUUAUUCCAGAGGACAUGCAAAGAGAUCUAUCGUCUAAGAAAAUCAAGGCAGGGUGGAAGGAAACCAGACCUCGUUACAUUCAAAGAAAAAAUGGCAUUCUUCACUCGCACCAAAUCAACGGUACCAACAAUGCCCGAUGAUGCAAAUUCGGAUGACGAUUGGGAGCAAGAUUUAGAAGAACGAAGCACUCCAGAUGGCAGGUCUUCUAAGACGUCGUUUGAAAAGACCGCUCCGGCACAAGAACCUGUCGAAUGCAAGAAUCCUUGUAUGCCCGAAGCUAAUUUUGAUAACGAACUCAAAAUAAGUGAAGAAGAGGAGGUUAGGUACGAUUUUGUAGUCGAUAGAGUUUUAGGAGUUCAGGUUUGAGUUCCCCGGAGCACAAUUCUGGUUUGAAUAUCAAAAUAUCAAAUGAUGGGUCACAUACGUAUACUUAGUUUGAUUUGACUAUUGUCGACAUGCCAUAAACCAAUAUUUAAACUUCGAUUUUUGUCAAAGUCAAUAUUUGGCUAAGGGGCUGCUCAAGUAUUACCUAAGCACUGUAAUUUAUCCCAAGCAAAGUUCUCUCAAAAAUAAUAUUUCAUAAACGUAUUAAUUUUUUUAUGGAAUCCUCGAAAAUGCAUUCCGUUUUCAAGCAUAGACAAUGUGGGUAAUAUGUGUUUUUCUACACAUGAAGAGAAUGAUUACUGAUGACGUCAUCACCUUUUAAGAAAAUCAAAAUAACCCUAUCUCUGUAUAGUGCUUACGUAAUACUUGAACGGCCCCGAACUUGGCAUUAAUGUUAGAAAAUGGUAGUUUCAAGUGUUGCCAACGGCACCUAUUGUUCGUAAAAAUCUGUGAUUUUAUUUGCCUUUUGAGAUUUCUGGUUGAAGACUGAGUGUAAUUAACGUACGAAGCGGGUGCCAUAUCAGUUCGCUAUGUUCAAAAUAUAUGUAUUUUAUUUGAGGCGGUUUUAUUAAAUUAUAUAAAACAAGGCAGUCCAACUGAAAGUUGCAAUGACGAAGCGGUAACAUUUUUGCGUCAGUAAUGUAAAUAAAGUAUUAUGUUUUUAAUAAAACCGUUGGAGUUCGUACAAAAACGUGCCUUUUUCGGUGCCUGGGCGUUCGUGCCAUACGGCAUUUACGUACAAAACGGUGGGUCACAAAUAAAUGCCAAAAUAUUGUGGGUUCGUGUACAUAUUGCCCACGUGGGUAGACCACCGAAUAGCUUGGCCAAAAACGCUUUGUAUAUGGCUAACGUAUUGGGCUACAUUUUGUGACCAAUUUAAGUAAUUUAGUUUCAAAACGUAGCUCAAAUACGUAUUAAAUUAUUCAUUCCUUGAUAAUCAGUUUUAAAUUACAAAAUGGCAAAAAUUCUACUAAAUUAGUAGGAUUUAAUUAGUAGAUUGUCCGCCAUUUUGUAGUGUAAAACUUAGUUGACGUUUUUAAACGUGCAAUACGUGUAAAUAAUUUGUUCGUUGUAUCGAUCUGAACAGUAGCUGAUCAUAUAGCUUCAUUUACGUAAAUUGAUCGGUGCAUAAAUUUAAUGUAAAUUUUGUAAAUCUGUAAAUAUGAGAUUAAAAUGCAUUCUGAUUUCAUUAGAUCUAUAAAAUAGUUGUAUAAAUGCUAAGUUGUUUAGGUGAAUUUGGAUUUGCCAAAAUAAUAUAUGUUUUAAAUCUUCCAUUAAACAAAGGGAUUAUAUUUUGUAAAGAUGCCAAUACUGACGAUUGCAGUUAAUAUAAAAUGAAAAUAAAACAAUAAAUUU